AUGGUGGCAGCUUGGCCCUUUACCUGCCUCCCUGUGUGGGCCCUGAUGAAAACCCCUGAUGUGGAGGUCUUGCAAGCAGUGCUGGAUGGCAUAGAUAUACUGCUGACACAGAAUGUUAGUCCCAGAAGCAGGAAGUGUCAAGUCCUGAACUUGAGAGAUGUGCGCCAGGAUUUUUGGGAUGUAUGGACUGGAAGAAAGGAUGAAGUCUGCUCAGCAAAGACUGGGAAUGAGAAGCAAGUUGCAAAGCACAUUCCUAGAUAUGCACUGAGGCAGCAUUUGAAGGUGGUCACCGACCUGAGCCUUGGCUUCUGUCUGCAACAACAUCAAACAUGCUUACUACAAUGGGCCCAGCAGAGAAAACACUCUUUGAGGCUAUGCUGUCUGAAGAUGAAGAUUUGUCACUUCCUAGUGGAGAUUAUCAGGGAGAUCUUGAACAUUUUUCAGCCAAACUAUAUUGAGGAAUGGGAAAUAUACACAAAGCAGGUCCUAUCCUUACUAGGUUGCUUUGUACCUUGCUUUGACCAGUUCUCCAAACUCAACUAUCUCCAACACCUCUCCAUGAAUGGUGGCUACUUUUCCAGUGACAACAUGAAGCAGUUGUUCAGAUGUCUGAGGAGCCCCUUGGAAUCCUUGUCUAUGAUUAUCUGCCAACUCUCCAAGUCAGACUUGAAACACAUGUCAGAGUGUCAGAGGCUGUGUCAACUGAAACACCUGCACUUUGAUGGUGUGGUGUUUCCCAAGUCGUGUUCCACGAGUCUCCGAAUUUUCCUCGAGAAUGUUUCUGAAUCUCUGCAGACCCUGCAAUUAGAGAACCACAGGAUGAAGGACUCUCAGCUCAAAAUCCUUUUGCCUGCUCUGGGCCAGCGCUCACAGCUCACCUCUUUCGAUUUCUAUGAGGACGGCGUCUCCACGGCUGUAAUGAAGGAGCUUCUGCAAUGCAUGGCCAAUCAGAGGAAGCUGGUUGUUGAGCAGUACCGGCCCAACUAG